AUGUUGGACCGCAUGGAACUCGAAGACCGCACGAUGAACUUCUUGUUCGAGGCAGCCACACAGUACAGCCUGCUUGCUCCGGCAGUGUCCAGAGCUUUGGCGCGAAGGAUGCGGGUGUUCGCUUCUGGGGCGAAAGUCGGUCUCCAUGCCUCCAGUGUGGAGCAGCUCAUGUGCCCGUGCUGUUCUCAAGUGUAUGUUCCAGGAUACAAUUGCCAUGUGUCGGUGAAGCCAACGAAAAGGAAGAGGAAGGAUAGGAGGCUCACGAAAUCCAGGACUGCUAUUUCAGCUCGGAAAUCGUCAUACUCCGAAACAGACAAGCAAGGAUCCACUCGCCAUCCGAAGAAGCCGCGGAGCUUGAGGAGGUGGCUUCACUACAUUUGCCGCUGGUGCAAAUGGCGGCGGCGCUUGGUCCUGCCUUGUCAGCCUCAGCGGCCACAGGUCGCCGCACGUCCAGCUGCAAAGACAUUGGCCGAGAAGAAGCAAGCCGCAGUCAGCGAAGAGGCCAGAAAUGCAGCAAAGGCAGCGAAGAGGCUUAAACAAGCCAAAGCGAAGGCCAAAAACUCUGCGUCAUGCUUAUCUUCGGGAGCUGCAGAGGAUGUCAGCAUGAGAGAGGAUGGAUUGGCACCUACGGUCGAAUCUCCGGGUUCUGCAGAAGUCGCCCUGUCCUUGCCCACCACCAUCAAGGAUCGGGAAAGUUCAACGAUGCCAAACCCGCUGACAGCGGAUCAGCCAAAGGCAUCAGCGCCAUCGCAUCCUGAAGCUGUUGCAAAGCAAGAGCCGAAGGCCUGCUUAAAGUGA